AGUUCUUUAUCUUAAAAAAUACAUUUUAUUAUUAAAUUUUUUCAAAUAUUUUUAAAUGUUACAAUAAUUGCAUUUUUUGUGUAAAUUAAACUGUUGAAAAAAACUCACUUUAUGUUUGUACUUUUUAAUUAGAGUUUCCUUUUAUCUAUUUAAGAGACAUAAUAUUUAUUUCUAUUUUCCUUAAUAUAAGGAAAAUUUUUUAUUUUUUAAUUGAGAUGGAAAACGAAAAAAUAUCCAAUGUAUUUGAUAUGCAAACAUUUUCUAAGGAAUCAUUUUCUGUGGAUGAAUUUCUUACAGAAAAUCGUAACAAAAUGUCAUUAGAAAACAUGCGAGUAGAAAUGGGUAUUUUCCUGAAAGAUCUGCGUAACCAAAUGAUUAACUCAUUAAAUGAUGACUGUGAUAAAUAUUUUCAUUUAUCAAAAGGUUUGAUUGGUAUUGAUCAACAAUUAGCUACCUUAAAACCUGGAUUACACGCAAUUAAUUACUCAAUUAUUCUAGCUAAAAAAAAUUUAGAAGAUACAUUACGUAUGUUGGAUAGUGAAAUACAACUUAAUAAACAAUUAUUUGAUGAUAAACAAGCUUAUUAUGCUAUUGUAAAAGUUCAAAACUCAUUGGAAAAACUAGAGAAUUUAUUGAAUCAAAAUGAUUGUGAUACUAUUGCUUUAACAAGAAUUGUUGCAGAAUAUAAUCAACUUAUGUCUAAUAUGGCUAAAUCUAAUAAAAUCAUUAAAUCAAUACAUUUAAAGAAACAGUCAAUAAUUAAUGAUUUGAUGAUGAAUCAUUUAAAUAAUAUGUUUGUUGCUUCACUAAAAACAAAUUCAAAAGCAGUAAAGCGUUUUCUAGAACUUUACUUAUCUUUGGGAAGAAUUAAAUCGGCUGAAGAUGUAUGUCGUGAGAAAGUUGUUGCACCAGAAAUGUCAACAUUUUUAAAUGAAAAUUAUUUACUAAAUUGUAAAGAUGGCUUAAAAGGAUUAUUUAAAAAAUGUUUUGAAUUUCUUACAUUCGAUCUAAAACAUCUUCUUGAUGCAGCAGCCGAAAAAAAUUUAUUAAGUUCUAAUUCCUGCAAGUUUGAUUUUGUUUUGAAAAGUUAUUGGCCUGUAAUUAAUGAUCACUUACAGAAUAAUUUAAAAAGCAUUUAUAAUUAUAAAGAGCCAAAUGUGUUUAUAGAAAAUUACAAAAUAACAUUUGAUGAUUUUAUGAAAAACUUAAUUGAUUUGUCUGUAACUCAGUGUGAAUCUCAAUCAUUGUGUUCAACUCAAACUUGGGAUGAAUUUAAAAAAUGUUGGAAUUUACCAAUUUAUUACCAGUAUUGUUUUCAAGAAAUUGGUUGUACCAUAGAAAAUGCAAUGUGUAACUAUAGUUUUGAGUUGUGUAAAAAUAAUUUUUUCAAACUAAAAGUCACUGAAACAGUAUGGGACUGUAUGUGUUCAUGUUUGGAUCAAAAUAUUUUUAUAAUUGAUCUUAGCCCCAAAUUCAUAAAAUUAAUUUUACACAUAAUUUCACGAUACCAAACUUGGGCUAAUGAUUCUAUAAUCAAUUCAAAAAAAGAAAUUAAAGAAUUCAGCACUCGCAUUAAAUUUCUUGAGUAUCUUGAAGAAGAUUUAAAAACUUUCUAUUUUAAAUUGAAUGAUAUUUAUAGUAUGCUACAGGAAUUAUUAGAAAUAAAAAUAUCUAAUAACAUUUUGGAACAGCUGAAGAGUUGUAUUACAGAAGUUAAUUUAAAUUCAUUGAUUAACAAUGUAUGUAAAUUUAAAGUUCAGUUGGUAAUUGAUGAAGCUAUGUCAUACGUUAUAAGGGUUACAGAUGUACCUCGUUUAUUUAGACAUACUAAUAGGGAAUAUCCAACAGAGCCAUGUAGUUAUAUGAAAUCUAUUGUUAUUACAUUAAAAAUAUUACAAGAUAAAAAUUGUAAAAAACAAGUAUUAGAAUAUGUAGUUAUUAAAUAUAUAGCUUACAUAGAUGAUGUAAUGAAAGCUAUUAAAAAAACUGAAGAAAGUUUGAGGAAGUUGAAAAAGAUAAGAGAUCCUAACUAUAAAGUUAAUUUAGAUGAUGAUAAAAUCAGAUGUCAAUUAUCAUUAGAUGUUAAUUUUUUAUUACUUUCUAUUGGUAGUAUGUUAUUGCCUCAAGUAAGCGAAAUCGAAUUAAAGCUAGAAAAAGUGAAAGAAACAAUUAUAGCAAAUAAGAGCUAAUUUUUAAAUGAUUGUAUAAAAAAAUGUCAUUAUAUAUUGUGCAUAUAAUAAAAGAAAAAUUUAGCAUAA